AGACAAGGUUGUCGACUCUACAUUGCUGUGUUGUACAGAAACGCCAGCGCGAUCCCUAUAUGAACCCGCUUCCUAGCUUGGGCAGCGUGGAUGACGUCGGUGAAAUUGGGCUGGCUGUUGUCAUGGAAGGUGCUCCUGUUGGUGGUGCCUUGAGAAGGCCGAACUGCACGAGUGCGUCCAAGAGAUGGCGGAGAGAGAUGGUUGGUGCACUGCCUUGUUUUGCAGAAGUCGCGGCAACAUGUGGCGGCGACGGGACUAGUUGAUGGAAAAUGCGGUCGGCGUCGGCGUCGCUGGCGACUUUUACGUUCAGGCUUACGUACAUGGCCAUGAAGAAUUGCGAUGGAUCCAACGUGCAGGACGUUGUGUCGUGGAAGAGGGCCGAGUUCUCGUCCGCGGCGGACGAUGCGUCUUCGUCCAGCGGCUGGCUCAGCAUGGCUCGUCGAAGGACUUGUGGGAUGGAAACGUGCCACAGCGUGGCUUCGACACACGCUUGUCUGACGAGCUUUUGAAGAAAGUGUUUGGUGAGGUGGAGAUCGGCUUGUUGCUUUCGCCUGCGGACAGCGUCGGUCAAGUCGGCGGAUGACGACGAGGUCAGGAGAGGGAGGUGCGACGGUGGAGAUGGGUGGUGCUGCGUAUGGUCGUCGGGGUGGUGCGACGGGAGAGUCCCUGGGUCGUAGUCUUGCACGAGCUGGGAAGACGUGGAUUUGGACGACAUCAAGUGGUGAUUCGGAGGGUGGUCAUCCAAAGCGUGUGCGAUGAAUUUGACGUAUGACACGGUGCCGCCCUCGGGAACAUGCAGAUGGAUGCGGAAGAGUCUUCGCUCGUUCGUUGUUAAGUUGAGCCGAAACGACGUGUCGAUGAUGUUUACGAAUGCGUCCCAUGGAAGCUUGCCGCGAUUCCGUGAAUCAUGCACGGAGAACAGUUCCAUGAUCGCAUCCGAUGCGUCCGUGGAAGAUGCAUCCGACGAAAAGAACGUGGAAGAUGAUUGACAUGGCGAAUUCUGCCGUCGGGAGGACACCCCACGCACGAACGCGAGCAUGGCACGUUUGACACGCUUCGAAAUUGAUCGGCGCUGCGAUUCUUCCUGCUGAUCAUCGUUGUCGAAAGGAGGCACAACCUUGUAUGGUGGCUUCACCACCAUCAACGCGUCGUCUUCCUUGAGCAUUAUCUGCCGCAUGAGUGCUACAUUGCACUGCCUGUCGUCGCCGCCGCCGUCGACCGCCUUGGCGAACACCAUGGCGAUGGCGCUAUU